CUUCUUCUUCGAUGGCAAGAGGGGUUGAAGAAAGGAGUGCGGACAUAAUAGCUUAAGGAAGCUUAUAAGCAUACUGUCUACCUACCUAUAGGAGGAAGCUGGGCAAAUCUGUUGGCUUGGCGAAUUGCUCUGUGAUUUGAUUUGGGGGCCAAACCGAAAUCACCAACGGAUUGUGGAUCUCUUUCGACGGUACGUUGCUGCUGCCUUAGACUGCCAAGCUAAUGUCUGCAGUUGGCGGUUGCGUCUAGACCUCGCCUCCCGGUUUGUAUUUAAAUCUCGCGGUUUUCCCGUCGCGUUUGUCGGUCACGAUGUUGGACGAAGGAUCUUUUUUUCGGAUUUACGCGGAAAACACGUCUCCAUCUAAACAAAAGCGUGCAAGAUUGCGUCAACAGAUACAUACCUAGUACAUAGGUGUAUACCUACAUACGACCAUGUCCUCAAUCACAACAUCGAUCCCCAUCGGCCCCAUAGGGGACUGGUGCGUCGGGUCCCUAUCAUACGGAUGCGGCGACUCAGAGCGGGGCCAGAAGGACGACGGCUGGCAGUCCGUCUGCUGCAACGGCAUGAUCAUCAACGCCGCGAAGGACCUCUGGCAGCGGACGACCUGGGACGACUACUCCGACCGCUCCCUCGACCUCGCCGACAUGGUCUGCUGCGGCGAGAACGAGCCCAAGGGCGGCGGCAUCCAGCCCAUCCCCACGGCCUACACCACCUGCAACGACGGGAAGCCGACGCCGCUGGCGAGCCUGGCGGGAACCAACGUCGCCAACGCUCAGAACUACUGGGCCACGUACAAGUCCGCGAGCUACGGCGACAACACGGUCGCCGACUGGACACGCACCGAGACCCCCUUCUGCUUCUGGGCCUACACCCCGACCAUGUCGAUGGAGGAGAUCACGCUGCCGACGCCGGAUAUCACGUCGAUUCUUGCUCGUAGCGGGGACGGGUUCUCGGCGCCGUUUAGGGUGUCCUCGGGAGUUCAGACUACUGGUUCUAGUCCCGUGACUACUACGACGGAUAGCAGCCCGACGGAUAGCAGUUCGACGCCUAGUAGCUCAACGCCUAACAGCUCAACGCCUAGCAGCUCAACGGAUAGCAACUCAACGCCUAACAGCUCAACGCCUAGCAGCUCGUCGGAUAGCAGCUCGACGCCUAGCGAAACUGGUGACGCGAGCCCGAAUACGAACGCGGCCUCGUCUUUUGCUGGUGUGCGGAAGGGAUAUCUUUGCUUUGGGUUAGGGGUGGUGACAAUGAGUUUGCUGUGGAGCUGAUCCCGUGUUAGCUGUGAGAGGCUAUUAGAGGAGGUAUAGGUGAGGAUGAGAAUGAUAUUACUGGAUACCCAAAAUAACCACCCAAUUAACUACCUACCUGGGUAGGCUACGAGACUAAUGUCGAUACCUAAUAUGAUAACACGAUAAUAUAUACCCCACUGAGCGGCGUCGAGGUAUUUGAACGUGCGUUAAACUAA